AUGGCGACAACCGAAGCGGAGCGCGCCGCCAACCUUCAAGAUGCACAGGACAAAGCCGUCCAGCUGUUCAUCGAGAUCGAACGGGAUCUCAUUCGCCCCGGUGUCAGCGAGAAGACACUCAACACCGAGAUCUACGAUCUCGGCUUCAAGCGUUACGGCAUCAAAACCCAUUGGCACAAGCGAGUCAUUCGCAGUGGACCCAACACAUUAUGUCCUUUCUCCGAUAAUCCUCCAGACCGCAUCAUUGAAGCCGACGAUAUCCUCGUCGUAGAUCUGGGACCCGUCUUCGAAGCCUGGGAAGCUGACUUCGGGCGCACCUACGUCCUCGGCAACGAUCCUCAUAAGCUCAAGCUGCGCGACUCACUGCAGCCGGUUUGGGACAUUGUCAAGGCGAAAUAUGACCAAAAUCCCGAUAUGUCUGGUGAAGAACUUUACGACGUUGCAUCUGGAGUUGCGGGGGAAUACGGCUUUGAUUUCGGAGCUGAUAUUGCGGGGCAUCUGGUUGGCUCGUUUCCCCAUGAGCGGAUUCCAAAGGACCGGACUACGCUUUAUAUUACGAAGGGCAAUAACGAGACUAUGAACAAACCGGGUAAAGAUGGAUUUAAACGCCAUUGGAUCUUGGAGAUUCACCUUCGCAAUACUGCGCUUGGCUUUGGGGGGUUUAUUGAGCAGCUACUGACAGUUGGAUAA